UUUAUUCUUCGAAAGCGUUUUCAAACGCAAUUUCUUUGGUUUACCAGAUAAAACACUUAAAGCAAUUUAACCAAAUGGUCUGUUGGACAAAUGUCCAGUCGGGAUAAACCAAUCAACUUCCGGUUAAACAGUAGCUCACAGCUGCUUUUCUAUGCUAACGUUAAACACUCUGAAGACGCUGCCGUUUUAUUCAGCGCAGCUUAUGUUUAGCAAGUAAAAGCUGUCACUCACUGAAUGAAUCGCCUGGCAGACUCAAACCGUGUGUCGGUUCAUCUGCUGGAUACCUGCAAGAGGAGCAUCGGCAGUUAAAACACAUGACAGCUGGCGAUAUGACUCCACGGAGCAGCUGGAGGAGACGCGAUGAUGCUGUAACGUGGAGACACUGUUAAGUAGGGCAGAAUGUCCUCAGGCCACAGGCAGCGGGACGUGGAGCAGCAGCGCUCCCUGCUGGACGGGGGGGAGGAGGAGGAGGAGGAGGAGGAGGAGGAGGAGGAGGAGGAGGAGGAGAGAAGCCCCGAGGCCGAGCGACGCCUCUGGUUCAUCCCGGACUGCUGCGGCAUGGUGUGCGCCUUCAUCACCUGGUUCCUGGUCUUUUUCGCCGACUUCGUGGUGACCUUUGUCAUACUGCUGCCCUCGCGGAGCUUCUGGUACGCCGUGGUCAACGGGGUGCUCUUCAACAGCCUGGCGGUGCUGGCGCUGGCCUCCCACCUCCGCACCAUGCUGACCGACCCGGGAGCCGUUCCCAAGGGAAACGCCACCAAGCAGUACAUGGAGAGUCUGCAGCUGAAGCCCGGCGAGGUCAUCUACAAGUGCCCGAAAUGCUGCAGCAUCAAACCGGAGAGGGCUCAUCACUGCAGCAUCUGCAAGCGCUGCAUCCGCAAGAUGGACCACCACUGCCCCUGGGUCAACAACUGUGUGGGGGAGAAGAACCAGCGCUUCUUCGUCCUCUUCACUAUGUACGUUGCUUUGAUCUCCAGUCACGCUCUGGCUCUCUGUGGAUACCAGUUCAUCUCCUGCGUCAGGGUCCAGUGGAGAGAGUGCAGUGACUUCUCCCCCCCCGUGACGAUGAUGCUGAUGAUCUUCCUCUGCAUGGAGUCCCUCCUCUUCUUCACCUUCACAGCUGUGAUGUUCACCACUCAGCUUCACUCCAUCUGCAGCGACGAGACGGAGAUCGAGCGGCUAAAGAACCAGAAGCCCACGUGGGAGCGUCAGACUCGCUGGGCGGGGCUGAGGUCGGUGUUCGGGGGUCAGCCUUCGCUGCUGUGGGUCAGCCCCUUCGCCGGACUCAAACUACCAACCCUGCUGCCCAGACGCAGCUGGAGGGGCGGGGCCGAGUUCUCUGUUUGACGUGCUGUCAAUCAAACCUACCACGGCACAGAUGAACCGGCCGUGGGUGCAGAGCGCCGCCUCCCAACUGAGGUGUGAGUUGUUUGGUCCUCCUUCCUGGCGGGUGGGGGAUCCACUAAAGACACUAAAGGUCUUACUCAGGCCAUCUGAGUUUAAAGCCGCUGGAUGAAUAAAUAAAUCUUCAUUUAUCAAACUGAUCGUUGAGAUGCUGCGUCUUUAGUUAGGUGACUUUAAAGGAUUUUAUGACUACAAUCAUCAGUGCUCUCGUGUUAUUUUAUUAACAUAAAGCAUAAAGCCACCAUGAAAUAUCAACAAUUACAAUCUUGAUUCGUCCUUUCUCUUGAUCUUAACUAGGAGUUUUACUAUCAACAAUAGUUUAGGCCCCUUUACAGUGUUGACAUAUUGUCAAGUUUUGCAGAGACGUCUGCUGAUGCUAACAAGCUCGCAUGCUAACCCGUCCUGCCAUUUCACUCCUACCGCUGGUACCUGUGCAGAGUCUCUGCAGCCGCCAGUCGGUCCUCAGUCCAACGAAGACGCUAACGCACCACUUUGUUGGUUCAACGUCAGAUUGUUAAAGUUUCUCCACGAUGAAUCAGACAAAAGCAUUUAAAUCUUGUCUACCACAUAACCAUUUUUAUUUUAAGAAGUCACUUUGGAUGUUGUUUUUUACUCCAGAAUCUUUUUUUAUUGUCUCCGUUUUUUGGGGGGGGGAGGGUUCUGCACAAUCGUCUUGUUUUACCCAAAUUAUAUUAAAUCACCUGUUUGUGCCAUUUAAGAACAAACAAAAUGUUCAAUUCUUUGAGAUUUAGCUGUUAUGAAAAUGUCAUCUUGCUGUUUCUGGAUGACAGGAAGUGCUUUGUGGUGAAUGUGUUGUGUUUUUGGCCUUGUUAAACAUUCUUUUUCAAAUCACUGAAUAACUGAUUUCAAAAUAUCUCUUGUCAUUUCAUGCUCCUUCAUCAUCACUAGGUUAUAUUCCACAAGGUAUUACAAAGUAUUUAGCUGAACACUAAAACAAACUGACAUUAAAAUGACAAUUUAAUCAAAUGUAAAAGCAUUUUUAAAUAGUUAUCUGUGGGGAUUCAAAUCAGUUUUUCUCACUUCAAUCAUAAAAUAUCCUCAAGUCUUGAAUUCAAACCUGAAGAACCUGCCGAAAAGAAAAGAAAAAAUUGAGAGAAUGUUAUUUUAAAGAAUAUAUUUGUGUCAGUACUGUAUUUGUUGUGGGAUUUCUGAGCCUUUUUAUAAGUUGAUCCAAAUAAACUGUUCCUUUCUACCUCUUUAAGAA